GAACCCUCCCUAUAUUCUCUUUCCGUGUCUCUCUCCAUAUAUAAUGUAUCAUUAUCAACUUAAAUGUGACCCUUUAUUUUUUUCAUCACAUUUAAGAAACGAUCCCUGCUUUAUUUAGCCAUUCCUCAAAAGUUUCCUACAAUUUUGUGAAAAUUCGAAUUUUAUUUCACUCAAUUUGAUUACCUUCUGUGAUUAUGAUACAGAUCAUAGCAUAGAAACAAAAAUGCCUCAGUUGCUACACGGGACGCUUAAGGUAACCAUAUUUGAAGUUGAUAGACUACAUACUGGAUGUCAUUUGGAUUUCUGCCAGAAGGGCACAACACACAAGGGGAAGAGAUUUCUAGCCCAAGUCAAGGGAUGUCUGCUGUGCCGGCCUGAGAUUGUUGGAACAAGACUCUAUGCAACAAUUGAUUUAGACAAGGCAAGGGUUGGACGAACCAGAAUGAUAGGAAACCAACCUUCUCACCCCAGGUGGAACGAGACCUUCGAAAUCUACUGUGCCCAUCAAAUCUCAAAGAUCAUAUUCACUGUCAAAGAUGGUAACCCAAUUGGAGCAACUCUAAUUGGAAGAGCCUCUGUCCCCGUGGAGCAAGUUCGCAAGGGCCCCAUAGUUAAGCGUUGGGUUGAGAUAUUAGACGAAGAAGAUCAACGUCCUGUACCUGGUCACGCCAAAAUCCGUGUCAGCGUGCAAUUCUACGAUGUCACCGAUGACACAACAUGUCUAUGGUCUCAGGGUAUAAGCAUGCCAUUUUUUGGAGUACCUCGUACUUUUUUCAAUCAAAGAGAAGGUUGCAAUGUUACUUUGUACCAGGAUGCUCAUGUCCCACGUGGCAUUGGUGUUGUCCCUUACAUUCCAAUAUCCGAAGAAAAAGAUUACAUGCCAGCAAUGUGUUGGGAGGACAUUAACAAAGCCAUUAAUGAGGCUAAGUACUUUAUUUACAUAACUGGUUGGGCUGUUUACACUGAAAUCACCUUAGUUAGAGACAAAGACGAAUCAGAAACACUUGGGGAGUUACUUAAGAGGAAAGCUGAUCAAGGUGUUAAAGUUCUUUUGCUUAUUUGGAAUGACAGAACUUCUGUUCCAGAAUUGAAAGAUGGCUUCAUGGCAACACAUGAUCAGGAAACUGCUGGUUACUUUAGAGGCACAAAGGUGCAAUGUGUUUUGUGUCCACGAAACCCGGAUGAUGGAAGAAGCAUAGUUCAAGGCCUUAAAACCUCAACAAUGUUCACUCACCACCAGAAGAGUGUAGUAGUUGAUGGCCAUGUUGUAGGAUCAGAGAAGAGAAGUGUCAUAAGUUUCAUAGGUGGCAUUGAUCUUUGUGAUGGGAGGUAUGAUACAAGGGAUCAUCCUCUAUUUUCAACUUUGAAUACUAUGCAUAGAAAUGAUUUCCAUCAGCCAACUUUCCCAAAUGCUUCCAUAGAUAAAGGCGGUCCAAGAGAGCCGUGGCAUGACAUUCAUUGCAAGCUAGAAGGGCCUAUUGCUUGGGAUGUCUUGUACAAUUUUGAGCAAAGGUGGGAGAAGCAAGUUGGGAAGAAGUUGUUGUACUCACUUGAUGAUCUUGAUGAGAUUCUUGUCCACCCAUCUGAAGCACAAAAAUCAGAAGUGGGAGUAGAAGAAACAUGGAAUGUUCAGUUGUUUAGAUCAAUUGAUGGUGGUGCUGCUUCUGGCUUCCCCCAAACCCCGAAAGAAGUUUCUGAAUUAGGCCUUGUUAGUGGGAAAGACAAUGUCAUCGAGAGAAGCAUUCAGGAUGCAUACAUUCAUGCUAUUCGGCGUGCGAAAAACUUCAUCUACAUUGAGAACCAGUACUUCCUAGGGAGUUCAUAUGGUUGGCAAGCAAGUGGUGAUAUUGUGGUUGAGGACAUUGGUGCUUUGCAUCUUAUACCAAAGGAGAUAUCAUUGAAGAUUGCAAGCAAGAUUGAAGCAAAAGAGAGGUUUUCUGUGUACAUAGUUAUCCCUAUGUGGCCAGAAGGUGUACCUAGCAGUGAUUCGGUUCAGGCAAUAUUGGAUUGGCAGAAGAGAACCAUGGAGAUGAUGUAUUCUGACAUUACUGAUGCCUUAAAAAAAACUGGCAUUCAAGCACGCCCUCGAGAUUAUUUGACAUUUUUUUGCCUUGGCAAGAGGGAGAAUAAGGAUCCAGGAGAUUAUACUCCUCUAGAGAAACCAGAGCCUGAUAGUGACUAUGGAAGAGCACAAAAUUCUAGGAGAUUCAUGAUCUAUGUUCAUUCCAAAAUGAUGAUAGUUGACGACGAAUACAUAAUCGUUGGUUCAGCUAACAUAAAUGAAAGAUCAAUGGAGGGUGCAAGAGACACAGAGAUUGCAAUGGGUGCAUUCCAACCACGUCAUCUAGCAUCGAGUGGGCGACCCAAAGGGGAGAUAUAUAGAUUUCGACGUGCACUAUGGUAUGAGCACCUUGGGGAUGAUGGUUUUGGUUCAAAAAUAUUCGAUUUUCCCGAACAUUUGGAAUGCAUCAAUCAUGUGAAUAAACUUGCUGAGGCCAACUGGGACAUGUACUCAAUGGAAACAUUUGUUGAAAAUAAAAGACAAUUUCACCACCUAAUGUGCUACCCCAUACAAGUAACCAAUGAUGGAGCCAUAACAAAUCUUCCGGGGUUUGAAUAUUUUCCUGACACCAAGGCUCGGAUUUUGGGUUGCAAAUCAAAACUUAUUCCUUCAAUUCUCACCACUUAGCCAGUAUUGUGCUCAUCUAAGUGACUAAACCUAAGACAGAAAAUUUAACCAUGUAAUGACUUGUAGGGAGGAGGGUGAAGAGAAAUUGAAUGUAUUCACAUUAACUAAUUAGCAUUACAAGUUACAACAUUACAUUUUUAAUAAAAAUAAAUAAUUUAAACGUCUA